GACACUCUCAAAUAUCAUAUCUUAUUAUAUAUAUAUAGAGAGAGAGAUAUAUAUAUAUGGUCAAAACUUUUGAUUUUCAAGUUUGUCACUUUCUUUCAAAUUCUCAAGAAAAUUAUGUGUUUUUGUUGUGCCUUUGGGUGUAAAUGAUUGUCAAUUGAAAUGGUACUCACUGAAUCUAGGGUUGAGGGAAGUUGAGAGGGAUUUUUGAAAGUAAAUCAUUUUAGAUUUGUGGAGAGGGUUGUCAUGCCGAAUGUUGCUGCCAACCACUGAAAUAGGGAUGAAUUCUGCAAUCGAUGAUAUGAAUUUGAUUCAGCAAGCACAGAGGCAUCACUUGGUUGUGAGGGAGAUUGAUGAAGAAAUUGAUUUAGAAAUCGGACCCAGGGAAGAUGAUCCUUCAUUGUGGGAAUCUUCUGCGGAAGAGCAUGCAGAUGAUGGGGGUUUCUCAGCUUUCUAAUGAUGCUCAAGAUAUGUCUCAGACCCAACUAGUGAAAAGGAUGAAAAAGGUUGUUAAAAGAUGGAGAGAGGAAUGGGCAGACACAUACAAAUUGGCCUAUGUCGGUGUGAAAGACGGGACACAGAGGAUUUUCUGCUCUGUCUGCAGGGAAUUCGGCCUUAAGCAUAGAAGAAAUCCUUAUGCGAAUGAAGACAGUCGGAAUAUCCAGAUGAUAAAAUUAUGACCGGCAAGCCAGUUUACUCUCCUUGGUGAUUUCAGAUAUCUUACUCUCCUUGUUCCUCCCCUCUUUUAAUGACCACUUUACAGAAUAUAGUUUCCUUGCAUACUUUCUUUAAGGAGUAUUUGUCAGUGACAGAAUCUAGAUUAUUUUGAAAUUCUGUUCUAAGCCAGCUAAGCCUUGGACUUCAGUGUGAGUCAGAGUUUGGCAGUUAUUCUGUUAAGAGUUUGUUUGGCUCAACUAACUCUCUCUCUCUCUCUCUAUAUAUAUAUAUAUAUAUAUGAUGCACACUGUAAUAUUCAUAACAGUUAAAAAAAAUAUAGUCACAGAUUCAGUUAUCUCUUCUCUCUCUGUGUAUGUGUGUUAUGGAGUUUCCUGUUCUUGAUGAUCUUGAUCUUGAUGACCUUGAUGUUAGGGACAUGAAUUCAAAUGUCACUGAAGUAAAACCUUCAUCGAGCAAUUUGGUAAAAACAGAGAAAAAGAAUGUAGAGAAUCAUUUUGAUGAUUCAACAAAGUCUCAUUCUACAGUUAUGCAAACUCAUUCACAGCAUUUGAAAGCAGACAACACGGAAGUUGGAUCUCAAAACAAAUUUAGCAAUAGAAGAGUACCUGCAAAUGGUUCUAAACAAGACACAAAACGUGAAAUGGUUUCGUACCCUGUUGGAGAAAGUAAAAGACAAACACCUAACUCAUGUGAAGAGGUGGCUGACAGAGGAAAGGAUUCGGAAUUUGCAGAUAGAAAUAAUAGUGACCAAAAGAAGAGAGAAUCUUCCUCAGAUGAAAAUAGUUGCUCUUACUCAAAGUAUGAAAAGGAGGAACCAGAAUUAAAGGGACCUAUAACGACUUUCUCCCAAUAUAAAGAAUAUGUGCAGGAGUACCGUGAUAAAUAUGAGAGUUACCUCUCCCUGAACAAGAUUUUGGAGGAUUACAGGGAUGAGUUUCAGAAACUAGGCAAUGAGUUAGAAUAUGCUGAAAAAAAGGGCGAUAUGGAUAGAUAUGACCACAUUGCAGCACAAAUUAAGGAAUCCUAUAGGCAAUGCGGUCCUCGACACAAGCGACUGAAAAAAAUAUUUAUCGUGCUUCAUGAAGAACUGGUGAAUAUUAAGCAAAGGAUCAAAGACUUUGUUCAGUUGCAAAGAGACUGAAAAUACAGGAGUACUAUUUUUUUUAUAUAAAUACAUAGAAUUUAAAGAUGCUUAUCAAAACUUUAGAACUUUUGGGUGAUAGAUGAAGUGCAUCUGUUAGAUGAAUUCUUUUGCAGAUUGUAUGUGCACUAGCUUUUAGUACAAAUUUUGGUAGAGCCGUAUAUUUGUACAUAAAUUGACUUUGUUUAUGCAUAGGUCUGAGACUUAUUUUUGGAUUA